UUGACGUCCACAAGGACACCCAUCAGCUUUCUCUCUCUAAACCCUCUUCCCUCUCUCUAUAUCUAUACGCCAGACGGCGAAGAACUGGAUUUUUGCACAAUUUUGGUUAAUGAGAGAGAAAAUAUCACUCCACCGCAACUUCACUCUGUGGAACCCUAGACAAGGAGUUGCAGUUUCUGUACUCGAUUCCGGUUUCUGAAGAAAAGUGUGAAAGACGGAGAUAGCUUUGGAAUAAUUCAACUCAAAUUUCGUCUCUACUUCAGUUUUGUGUUUCUUCAAAUCUUCUGAUCGGUUUUUUUGUUGAAAUCUUCCAUUCAAUCUCGUCAGGGCUUUUGGAAUUGGAACUUUUCUCUGUUCGAGUAUUACUUGCUUGCCGAUUCAUGCGAAAGCCCUUCAAGGAUUACUCUAGUGAAGAUUGUCUGGCUGUAGAAUGUUAAAAAACAGGGCUUGUUCCAUCGUUUCAGCAUCGUUUGGUCUUCGGCUAUUAUUCAGUAAAAAUUCGCACCAUGAGCUGAGGCUCAAAACUUUUCCGUUUCUAUUCGUUCAUCAUAACGACUAUGAAGUUUGCAACCAGGAUUGUUGGGGACAAAUGCUCUUUGGAUUGAGCCCUCUUAUGUGCCUUGAACGAUUUCUUGUGUAUUAGUCAGUUAAUGUUACUUUAGAUAGUUUUCCUAAUCCCCCUUCUUCAGUAGUGUGUAUAGAUUUUUGAAGAAGAUGGUACCUUCGGGGCCAUCUACUCCCGUUGGUGGUGCGCAGUCUGUUCCACCAUCGCUUUUGAGAUCAAAUUCUGGAAUGAUGGGAGCACAAGGGGGGCUGCCUUCUCAGUCAGCUUUUCCUUCUCUUGUAUCCCCACGGACUCAGUUUAGCAGUAUGAAUAUGCUUGGUAAUACACCCAGUAUGUCUUCUCUCCUUAAUCAGUCAUUUGGGAAUGGAGUUCCAAAUUCUGGGUCCUCAGGCCUUGGAAACAGCCAACGAGUAGGUAUGGACCCUGCUACCGAGUCAGAUCCAUUUUCACUUGUUGGCAAUGGUAUGAACUUCAACAAUACCCCGUCGUCAUUGGUGGCAUCAAAUACACCAAACCCUGGUUCAUCUAGUCAAGUUUCAGGGCAACAGUUUUCAAACCAUCCUAGCAGCCAAAUAAUACCCAAUCAACAGCAGCCACAGCAAAUUGAACCCCAGAACUUCCAACAUGGUCAGCACUCAAUGCAACAGUUCGCUUCCUCUAAUAACACACAGCACUCACAGCAGCAACAACAUCAAUUCCAACCUAUUCGGGGAAGCUUAUGCGGUGUUGGACCUGUCAAGUUAGAGCCUCAAAUGAAUAAUAAUGAUCUUCAAGGGCAGCAACUACAGCAGCAGCAGCAGUUGCAGUCGAUGAGGAAUCUUGGCCCUGUGAAACUGGAACCGCAACAACUUCAAUCAAUGAGAAACUUGGGUCCUGUGAAAUUGGAACCUCAACAAUCUGAUCAGUCAUUGUUUCUACAGCAGCAACAUCAACAUCAACAACAACAGCAACAACAGCAGUUACUCAGUAUGUCUAGGCAGUCCUCUCAGGCUGCUACUGCUGCGCAGAUUAGUCUUUUGCAACACCAAAGACUCUUGCAAUUUCAACACCAACAGCAACUCCUGAAGGCUAUACCUCAGCAAAGACCGCAUUUGCCUCAACAAUUUCAACAACAAAAUUUGCCCUUGAGAUCCCCUGUAAAACCAGUUUAUGAACCUGGCAUGUGUGCCCGACGUUUAACAAAUUAUAUGUGCUCACAACAGAAGAGGCCUGAAGACAACAAUAUUGAGUUCUGGAGGGAAUUUGUUGCAGAUUUCUUCGCUCCCCAUGCCAAAAAGAAAUGGUGCGUUUCCAUGUAUGGAAAUGGUCGCCAAACAACUGGUGUAUUUCCGCAGGAUGUUUGGCAUUGUGAAAUAUGCAACCGCAAGCCUGGUCGAGGUUUUGAAGCGACUUUUGAAGUUCUCCCAAGGCUGUUCAAGAUCAAGUAUGAGAGUGGAACUCUUGAAGAGCUUCUAUAUGUUGAUAUGCCCCGUGAAUAUCAUAAUGCAUCUGGACAAAUUGUCCUAGAUUACGCAAAAGCAAUACAAGAAAGUAUUUUUGAGCAACUUCGUGUUGUUCGCGAUGGCCAACUUCGAAUAGUUUUUUCUCCAGACUUGAAGAUAUGCUCUUGGGAAUUUUGUGCUCGACGUCAUGAAGAGCUUAUUCCUCGAAGGUUACUUAUACCGCAGGUUAGUCAGCUGGGGGCAGCUGCUCAGAAGUAUCAGACUGCAAUUCAAAAUGCGUCAUCUAACUUGUCUACUUCAGAGUUGCAAAAUAACUGCAACAUGUUUGUGGGCUCAGCUAGACAAUUGGCCAAGGCCUUGGAAGUGCCAUUAGUAAAUGACUUGGGAUAUACGAAGAGAUAUGUCCGGUGCCUUCAGAUAUCGGAAGUCGUCAACAGUAUGAAGGACUUGAUAGAUUACAGCCAAGAAACUAUGACUGGGCCAAUUGAGAGUUUGGCUAAGUUUCCACGGAAGACGAAUGCUUCACCACGCUUCCACAGCCAAGCUCAGAACACCGAGCAACAAUUACCUCAGACUCAGCAAACAAUUGAUCAAAACGCAAACGGUGACCAAAGCUCGGUCCAGGCUGCUGCUAUGCAGCUUGCUGCUAACAAUGGCGUUCCAAGUGCAAAUAACUCGGCUAAUCCGACAUCAACAUCAUCUCCUGCUAGUGCAAUUGUUGGGUUACUCCACCAGAAUUCCAUGAACUCCAGACAGCAGAACUCUAUGAAUAGCGCUGGCAGCCCUUACGCUGGGAAUUCUGCGCAAAUACCGUCCCCGGGUUCCUCCACGGUUGCUCAGGCACAAGCAAACUCCUCAUUCCAAUCGCCUACAUUGUCCUCACCAAACAAUCACCCACAGUCAUCAAUUGGCACUGCAACCGCUACUAAUCACAUGAGUGCCACUAAUUCUCCAGCAAAUGUUCCCUUGCAACAGCAGCAGCCAACACACUCUUCUGAAGCCGAUCAAAAUGAUUCCCAAAGCUCUGUACAAAAGAUCAUUCAGGAAUACAUGAUGUCGAACCAUCUAAACGGGAUGAACACAAUGACUGGCGUUUCCUCUCUAGGAGAUGAUGUGAAAACCGUUAACGGGAUGUUGCCAGGAAACAACAUUAUGAGUCUCAAUGGACGAAACGGUCUCAUUGGAAGUGGAACUGCCAAUGGGGUUGCUGGUAUGAGGAGCACAGGAUAUGGCUCAAUGGGCGCAGGACUCGCUCAGGCUCAGGCUUCUAUGGUCAACGGAAUGAAGUCUGCAAUGGGAAACAACUCUAUUUCGAACGGGAGAAUCGGGAUGGCGUCAUUGGCUCGAGAACAGAGCAUAAAUCAUCAAGAUUUGGGUGACCAGCUUCUUAAUGGACUUGGAGCUGUGAAUGGAUUUAAUAAUCUUCAAUUCGAUUAUUGAAGCUUCUUGUGUGCAGCUUAGAGGAUAUGCAGAAUGGCCUAAUGAAAACAGGGUAUGGCUCAUGUUCUGAACUGAUUUGUUAUUUAUAAAAUAUAAAGGUUAAAAUGUGGUGGCGGCUGCUGGCGGUGUUGCUGAUUGGGUCGAGUGAGUUUCUUUGAUUUCUAAUGUACAACUUGUGAUUUUUUUACCCUUUUUUCUCCCCCUUUUUGAGUUUUCCCUUCGCAUUUUAGAUUUAUUUACCCUUUAUGUGAAUUUUUUUUACCUUUUUCUUGGGCUUAAAAGAGUAAUUUUGGAAUA